AUGCAUUAUAAGAGAUACAAUAUGAGAUAUACAACAACUAAGCAUAGAGCCAGGCAAUUUCCAGUACGGCAGUCACAAAAUUUACUGGGAAGGCAGGAAGAAGAGGCCGAGCAGGCUGUAUUUCUUUACGUGGAAGACAGGCUUCGACAGAAAUCUCCAUACUCUUCACUGAGAAUCACAAGUGAUAGACCGAUGACAACUUACGUCAAAAAUUGCCUCAUCAGGCCGUCUAAGGCACUGCAGAUUAUAUCUAUGAAGUUAACACGUUAUAAAAUGGCUCACAUAAGAGCAGCGCCGGAACUCUUCACCAGGCUGGCCUGUUUAUCCAAGUUUGUCCGUCUUAGUCUAACAGAAAACAUCGUUAUAUUUUAA